GGCCUCCUCCCCUCUCCGAGGAGGCGCUACUCUUUCGCUAUAAUCACGUGACGGCCACAUCCGGGCCUUUUGCCUUCUCUCCCUCUUCCCAACAUGGCAGCCUCAGCUAAGAAGAAGAACAAGAAGGGGAAGACCCUGACUCUGACGGACUUUCUGGCAGAGGAUGGUGGUGGUGGUACCACCUAUAUUCCAAAACCAGUCAGUUGGGCAGAUGAGACAGACGACCUGGAAGGAGAUGUUUCCACCACCUGGCAUAGCAACGAUGACGACGUGUACCGAGCCCCUCCGAUUGACCGUUCCAUCCUGCCCACUGCACCUCGGUCAGCUCGGGAGCCCAAUAUCGACAGAAGCCGUCUCCCAAAGUCACCCCCCUACACCGCCUUUCUGGGAAACUUGCCCUAUGAUGUAACAGAAGAGUCUAUCAAGGAGUUUUUCAGAGGACUUAAUAUAAGUGCUGUGCGUUUGCCACGAGAGCCUAGUAACCCAGAGAGAUUGAAAGGAUUUGGAUAUGCUGAGUUCGAAGACCUGGACUCCUUGCUCCGCGCUUUGAGCCUCAAUGAAGAGUCUCUAGGGAACAGGAGAAUACGAGUGGAUGUUGCUGAUCAAGCUCAGGAUAAAGACAGGGACGAUCGCUCUUUUGGUAGAGAUCGUGAUCGCAACCGGGAUUCGGAGAGAUUCGAGACUGACUGGAGGGCUCGCCCUGCCACAGAAAGCUUUGAUGACUACCCUCCGCGCCGGGGCGAGGAUAGCUUUGGAGAUAGAUAUCGGGACCGUGAUCGUUAUGAUUCGGAUCGAUAUCGUGAUGGUCCUCGAAGAGAGAUGGACCGCUUUGGGGGCAGAGAUCGUUACGAUGACCGUAGAGACUAUGAUAGAGGAGGUUUCGACUCAAGGUCAGGCAGCGGCAGGAGAGCCUUUGGCAGCGGAUACCGUCGAGAUGAUGAUUUCAGGGGUGGCGGUGACCGCUACGAGGACCGUUACGAAAGGAGAGAUGACCGGAUGGAUAGGUGGAGCUCACGGGAUGAUUAUUACAGGGAGGACAGUCGGCGAGAUGAUAGAGGUUCCACUCAGAGGCCUAAAUUGAACCUGAAGCCCAGGAGCACCCCCAAGGAUGAAGAUACAUCCGUAGCUCCUGCUACCCAGUCUAGCCGUGCCGCCUCCAUCUUUGGGGGGGCCAAGCCUGUGGACACAGCAGCGAGAGAGCGCGAAGUGGAAGAAAGGCUACAGAAGGAGCAGGAGAAACUGCAGCGUCAGCUGGAGGACGAUAAGCCCAGGCUAGAGCGACGGCCUCGAGAGCGGCACCCUAGCUGGCGUAGUGAAGAGAACCAAGAGCGAUCGCGGACAGGGAGCGAGUCGUCGCAGACUGGCAGCACAACCCCAUCUGUGGGAACAGGCCCAACAGGAAGAACCUCACGAAGGAGGGAGAGCGAGAAAUCCUUGGAGAAUGAAGGUGUCAGCAAAGAGGAGGAAGGCCUGUCUCCCACCUCCAAGACUUCCCGGGAAGAGAAGCUUCCCCUGAAGGUGAUGCCAGCUCCCCCGCCAAAAGAGAAUGCUUGGGUGAAACGCAGCAGCAACUCACAUCCGGCACGCUCCCAAAGCUCAGAUUCGGACCAGCAUUCCCCUACAAGUGGAAGCCAGACUGUGCCAUCCCUACAGUCAGAAGAUGGAGUACCCCCCAAGAACACCCCCAGGAAAGGAGAUGAAAACAGGCCCGACGGGGGGAAAGAGAGUGGUCUGAAAAGCCGAAGUGGAAGCACUGGCCGAGGUCCUGGAGAUGGAGGCAGCCGAGACCAUUGGCAAGAUUCGGAUAGCACUGACUUUUCCAGGAAUGAAGGCAAGAAAGAUCAUGACUCCAGAUCUCCAUCUGAGCCAAAGAAGUUUGAAGAGAACCCUGCCCCUAAAUUUAGCUAUGCUAGCAAGUAUGCUGCUUUGUCAGUGGAUGGUGACGACGAAGCGGAGGGGGACGAAUACGCCGACUAAAUUCUCCAGCCCCUCUAUGCUGUCUCCUAACCGGUUGCCACCCAGGAACAUUCGGAGAGCAAAACCAAACCUUUAUGCAGACAAGACAGAAAAAAAAAAUAAAA